AAGGAUCAUUUGUGUUCUGUGGUUCAUUCAUACUUCAUAGUAUACAGCGGUAAAAAAUACAUAAUUCAUCAGUUUCACAUUUUAUUUCAGAUUUAUUGAAAAUUAUUAAUUUGAGAUGGGUUGUUUACAAAAUGCAAAACAAUUAUUAAUAGCUGCAGUUCGUGUCCAAUAAGUAUAUUUAUAGAGGUAACCUAAAUAUAUAACCAUAAACGAUGAAUAGAUUAAGAGGGCCAUUAUGGAAAAGAAUAAUCUUUAUGAAUUGUCCGCGCUUCGUUAAACCAAUAAAUGUAUCAUUCACUAAGAUUCCCGUUGGUAUCAAAGUUCCAAGCACACUAAGCUUUUCCAUCCUUACCUUAAUUGGUUUGGAAAAGAUAUACAAUGCAGAAGAUGAAUUAAUUUUGACCAUAAAGCAUUGUGUCCUAUUUAUACAAAGAGGUGAAUAUGACAAAGCGGAGAAGUUGCUUCAUGUUGCUCUAAAGCAGGCCCAACUAAUGCAACAUCAAUCAGGAAUAACAUAUGUGUAUGAUGUCAUGGCCAAUUUAGCACUUCAAAUGGAACAGCUUGACAAGGCUAAGAAAUUAUUUGUAGCAGUAGCACAAAGAGUAAUGGGUUCUGGGGCAAGCGAAGAUGAUCCCAGAGUUGUACAUAUUAAUUUAAAAUUAGCAAGAGUGUGCCAUUUACAAAAAGAUUAUAUAACAGCCCAAUUAGGCUAUGAUUGGUGUUUAGAAAAACUGAAUGCCCAAGUUGAUCCUUCAAAUGACUAUAAAAUGUUAAUAGCUAUGGCAGAAGACUGGUAUGGUAGGCUGUUUGUUGAAUGUAAUAAAUGUGAACAAGGCUACAAAUAUAUGCUCAGUGCUUACAACAGAAUGAGGGAUUUUAAAGACAUGGAGGUGGCACAUAUUGUUGUACAACUGAAUGACUUAGGUACUGUUUGUGAAAAAAUGGACAACCUUGAUGAUUCUAUCAAAUAUAUUUCUGAAGCUAUAGAAUUAGGGAAGACACAACCAGAUAUGGAAGAUUUAGGUAUUAUGUAUGUAAAUUUGGGUAGAGCCUACAUGAAAAAACAAUUGCUUACCAUGGCAAGGAAAAACUGUGGACAUGCUUUACGAUUAGGAAUUCUAAACAAAAAUAGUGAAUUAAAAAAAGAAGCUGAACUUUGUAUGCAAGAAAUAAAUAGCUAAUGUUAGAAAAA